CGGAGAGACACGUGCGGCCGCAGGGCGCCUAGCGGGCAGCUCCGCUGCAAAGAGCGGGCGGCGGGGGGACCCAGCUGUCCGUGCCCCCUAUAGCUAAGGGGGUGCAAGCGCUGCAGGUGGGACAGGAGCCACUGCGGUAAUUCCUGCUCUGGCUGCACCUCCACCUAGUGUAGACAAGCCCUGAGAGUCUCUCCACAGGUGCAAGGAUUUGAGAUCCAUGCUCAGAAAUCAACCAUCCAGUCGUCUGCAUAGCGCCCGAGACGGGACAAUGGAGGCUGCCAGCCUGCCAGAUGAAGGCCAGUUUGCCCCAGGCUCCUUCCUGGAGAAGCUGAAUUCCCUGGUGAAAGGAAUCGGCUGCCCCAAUCCCAAUGUGGGGAGGGCUCCGCGCAAAGCCUUUGACAAGAGAUGGCUGAAUCUACCACAUCCAGCCCCUCCCGCUGCCAAGGUGCCGGUGACCGGAUCCCCUCCAUCAUCUUGCUCCAACGGAUUCCCUGCUGUUGUACCGCUGCCUGUGAGCGCUCAGCAAGAGCCUGUCACCAAACCGAUCGCUGAGGCUAGUGUCUUGUCUGUGCGGCGAAGGAGGACAGCCGCCAGCCCCCUGCUUGCUCCUGCAGCUCCGCACCAGGCCUCCAGCAUGGCCCAGGAACCAUCUCCCCAGGCGGCCCUGGAGCUUCAGGGUGGCACCAGCAGCCUCGACGAGCAGGCCCAGCAGCUGGAUGCAGAGAUCAACGAGUUGAUCCAGCAGUGGGAGCUCAGGCCUGAGGAUGAGGAGUGGGAGGACACGGCCUCUUCCGUGCUGCUGAAGAGUAAAUGGUGCCGGGGUGACCCCAUGGAGCUGGACGACGAGUUCAUCCGGGAGGACCCUGCCUACGACACAGACAGGGUGGAGAGCGAGGCUCGGGAAGCAGAUGAUGUAGAGGGCCAGGCCAGCAGCCCAGCAGUGCCACCUUCCUCGCCCUCCUCCCCUGCCCAGUCCUCUGAGGCUGCCCUGGACAGCCAGAGGGGCUAUUCCCUUAGACCCAGGGGCCCUGCGAAGGAGCGUUCAGCAGAAGAGGAGGGAGACACCCCCACGGAGGAGAGCUCAGCAGAGGAGGAGGAGGGAGACUCCCCUGGUGGCUCCACGGAGGAGAGCUCGGAGGAGGAAGCUGAGCCCUCUCCCCAGCGGCAGAGGAAGCGGGGGCCCCAGGGAGGGACGGCUCCGCGUGUCUACCCAUGCCCCACCUGCGGCCAUAAGUUCGCCAACAGCAGCAACAUGCGGAAGCACCUGCGGAUCCACACGCGAGAGGCGCUGUACUCGUGCCACGCCUGUGGCAAGUCCUUCACCGACUCCUCCAACCUUACCAAGCACCAGCGCGUGCACAGCGGGGGUCGGGAACGCCCCUUCAGCUGCUCCAAGUGCCCCAAGGUCUUCGCCUCGGCCCCCAAUCUGCAGGAGCACCUGCGGCGCCACGAGGGCAUCCGGCCCUUCCCCUGCAUGGACUGCAAGCGCAGCUUUGUGUCGCAGGCAGAGCUGCUGGCGCACAUCCGCAACCACGUGGGGCAGCUCCAGGCCCUGACCCCCAAGGCCUUGCUGCACUGCGAGGACUGCAACAAGAGCUUCGCCAGCCCCAUGCUGCUGCGCCUGCACCAGCGCCGCCACAAGGCCUUUGUGUGUGACGAAUGCGGCGCCGUCUUCACCCUCGAGUUCAAGCUGCUCUUCCACAAGAGCCUGCACAAGGGGCUGCAGACCUGCGCGCGCUGUGGGGUGCAGUACACGGGAGGGCACUUCUGCCGGGCUCAGUCCCAGGCACAGUCCCAGUCCCAUGCCUCCCAGCCAGGACACAACAGUGCCAAGACUCUGGUUAGAGUCCCUGACUCUGUGCCAGCAGCAGGCUCCGCCCCGGCCAGGCCCCCAGCCUCAUUAGCAGAUGGGCCCCCAAGCCCUGCCCCAGCUGGGCCCCCAGCCCCACUAGCAGCUGGGCCCCCAGGCUCCGCCCCGGCCAGACCCCCAGCCCCACUAGCAGCUGGGCCCCCAGGCUCCGCCCCAGCCAGACCCCCAAGCCCUGCCCCAGCUGGGGCCACAGGCUCCGCCCUAGCCAGGCCCGCAGCCCCAGCCCCACUAGCUGCUGGAGCCCCAAUCCAAGCAGCAGUGAGGCCCCACAGCUCAACCACAUUGAUGGCCACUGCCUCAGUCCCUUUGACCAUCCCUCCCUCAGACCCAGUCACAGGAGUGAUAAGUAACGGCCUGAUCCUACUGAACCCGGCAACCUUGCCCCCGGGCACCAAGAUCAUCCUUCAGAUCCCACCCCAGAUGGUUGUGCCCCCGAGGGACGCAGGCACGAGAGCUGGGAGUACCAACACUUGUACUCUGCAAGGAUCGGUACCCAGGAGGAUGCCAGAGCUGCGCCCAGCCCCAGCCAAAGCUCAGCAGCCAGCAGGAGGGCAGCACGGUGAUCUCACCAGCAGCAGGACAUCAGCAGAGAAGGGCAACGGGCCACACACCCCACCAGUGCCAGCCCCCUCCCAGCCCCCGCUACCAUCAGCCCCCCUGCAGCCCCCACAGCCUCUGCCACCAUCAGCCCCCCUGCAAUGCCCACCUCCCUCAGGCCCACCACUGCUAGCUCCCUCUCAGCCCCUGGCCUUGAUGCCGCUGCCAGCCCCUCCACCCCCCUCAGCCCCUCCACAGCUGCCAGCCCCCUCAGAGGAGCUCUGGGCUGAGCAGGGAGCGUGGCACAAACCCUAUAACUUCCGGCAGUCCCAGCCCCAAGGGAAAUACACCGAGGAGGGAGCAGGGGAGGGCAGUGACCCCGGGGGAAGCUCUGGGGAGGACUGGGCAGGGGAGAGCGGGGAUGAAGAGGAUGAGGAGCUGGAGCCUGUCCUGCAGGGGAAGAGACGAGGCCGGCCCCCCAGGAAGCAAGGACCAGGUCAGUCCCCCAAGAAGCAAGGACCAGGCCAGCCCCCGAAGAAGCGAAGGCAAGGCCGGCCCCCCCUGGGCCCCUACAUCUGUGUGGUCUGUGCCAAGCGCUUUGUGUACCAGAGAUCGCUGAAGCAGCACAUGCGGCUGCGCAGACACUAUCCCUCCUGCCAGCAGUGCCACAGCACCUUCACCGAUCUCCACAAGCUGCAGCUCCAUAUGCUCAGCCACCGGGGGGAGGGCAUGGCGUGAGCAGCCAUGAGUGAGCCAUGAUGUCUGGCCAGUGCCCAACCAUCCCCCCAGCCCCUGUGUGGGGCCCUCAGUGCAAACCCCCUUGCUCUGUCCCUGCACCCCCACCCCAUUGCAGAGCAGGCAGCUGUGUUGGGUUGUGUGGACUGAGCUGUCUGACCAUCCUGGGAGAUCCUGCACCCUGACGUCUCUUCUUGGGGCCUGGCCUUCCACAUGCCAUUCUGCCCUGGCACCCAGUGCCAUCCUCGGGUCAUCCACCCCUUGGACUCCCCUGUGUCACUGGGAGCAGGGCAGGGCUUCUUCUCACGUGAAAUGCUGCUGCCUCAGCUACUCCACUGCAUAAAAAGCAUCCCUGAGGCUGGCUGGGGACUGCAUGUCCUUUGUGUGUCAGUGGUUGGGGCAGGGUUGGCAGCAGGCCUAACGCAGGGGACCCUCUGCUGGGGUGAAGGGCAGCUCUUUCCCUCUGCCUCCUUCGCUCCUUGGCCCAGGGUAUUACCUCCAGGAACUGGGCUCAGACCAGGGACUUGUUUUUUCAUAUCCCCCCGUAUGGCAGAACUUGGACCCAAGAGUGGAAAGGCCCCUGCCCAGCCCCUCUGCCUUAAGGGGUCAGGGGGAGUACAACUGGUUUUAUUGUUUAUUAUUAAAAAUGUUUUCAAGCUAA